AUGGAACCAAACUUGAAACUUAGUGAAGAUGAAGGAGAAGUACUUGAAGAUCCUUUGGUUUAUAGGAGAAUCAUAGGAAACUUACAGUACUUAACCAUUACUAGACCAGAUUUGUCCUAUUCGGUUAACAAGCUCUGCCAAUUUCUUAUAGCCCCACGACUUCCGCACUUAAAGGUUGCUCAAAGGUUAUUGCAGUAUGUCAAGACGUGUCUUGCACAAGGACUAUUAUUUCCAGCAAGUUCUGAGGUAAAAAUGAGAGCCUAUACUGAUUUAUACUGGGAAGCUUGUCAAGAAACAAGGAGGUCUACCUCAAGCUUUUGUAUUUUCCUUGGUAGUUCCUUGAUCUCUUCGAAAAGCAAGAAACAACACACUGUUUCGAGGUCCUCUGCUGAAGUUGAAUAUAGGGCCACGACGAACACAACAUGUGAGAUAGUUUGA